CCGCAGCAUGCAUUUGCGACCAGCAUCCAUAGCUGCCGGCAUCUUUUGCAAACAAAAAAAGCUACAUUCAAAAGGUAGACAAUUAUCUAAUUUGUGAAGAUGAAAGAUUAUAUAUAUAUAAGAUAUAUACAUAUAUAUCUUUUAGCUUAGUUACAAGGUGAAUUAGUAAACAGUCUCUCUAAAUGAAGACAACAGAACUUCAUUCCUAACAUAGAAAGUUCUUUGUUUCAAACAGUUCCAGUGGGUAAAUGAGGAGACACGUUCCUUCACCGGAGGACACCUCCAAGAGAAUGAGACCCGCCUGAGGGAAGCACAGUUUCAACUCCAAUUCAGGCAAAUUCUCUGCCAACAUUCCCACAGUACAUUGACUACUCCUCAGCCUAAAAAUGCCACUUUUCAGCUGGAUGAAAUGGCCCAAAACAGAUUCCUACCAGCAAAGCCAGCGUGCCGGCUCCGACGGGGUGACAAAGACCCUGCUUCGGGAGUUAAAAUGGCAUCUGAAGGAGCGUGAGAGAUUAAUACAAGAGAUCGAAAAUGAACAGAGAGUGAAAAGGACAGGCGUGGAUUACAACUGGCUGAGGAACUACCAGACCCCUCACGCGACCAUCCCAGCUACUGAACAGAGACAACUGGAAGUUCUGUGCUCUCAGGUGCAGCCCUGUCAGACCGGAACUAUCCUCAGCAGAUUUCGAGAACUUUUGGCAGAAAAUGAUGUACUUCCCUGGGAAAUAGUCUACAUCUUCAAGCAAGUUCUGAAAGACUCCCUCAGCAGUCCUGACAGAGGGGGUCAGCACGCUGGCCUGUGGGACUCUGACAUCACCUGUUCCCCGGCCCCUGUGCUCCCAGGUGAAACCUCUGAGAGGUCAGACAAAGAUGAAAUACCCACGAUUUCAAGUUACGUAGACAGAAAUGCCAAGAACAGGUUUCCAUCAUGCUCACACAGAGUAUGGAACCUGCCAUACUAUUACCCAUCGAGUUAAGGAGCACUGUGGUCACCUUAGAGCCAGAGCUGUGAGCAUCAACCAGAACCGACAGUCACGUGACCCCAGGUUUCUUUGUUACAGAUCAGAGGUUAAAAUCCCUAUGUUGCCAACCUAGUUUAGCAGCACUGCUUUUUAACGACUUUACAUAGUCAAUAUUUUCGUUGGUUAGUAUGCUGUUAACUAGAAUGUCGCCUAAAUGUUUCAAUAUUUUCUUAUACCUCAAACAUGUCACAGAACUAAGGAAAUUUAAUAUGAAGUCUGACAUAUUUUUUGUGAAACUUAAUGAACCUUGACUUUUAUUCUAAGAGAGUCCAUGUGUAGAAUAAAUGAUUAAUGUGAA